CCGAGGUCUAGUCGUGCGCCUGCGUACUGAGGUCGGAGGGCCGAGGUCGCGCGGCGAACCCCUCGCCAGCUCUGCAAACCGCGCGAGAUUUCCUCCCGAGCUCCUUGGCGGAGUUAUUUUAUACAGAAGUCUUGUGAGACCACUGUGCAAACAAGGUGAUGAUUGUACAAAGAGUGGUAUUGAAUUCCCGACCUGGAAAAAAUGGUAAUCCAGUGGCAGAAAAUUUCCGAGUAGAAGAAGUAAACUUGCCAGAUAAUAUCAAUGAAGGACAAGUACAAGUCAGAACUCUUUACCUUUCUGUGGAUCCUUAUAUGCGUUGUAAAAUGAAUGAAGACACUGGCAGUGACUAUAUAUCACCUUGGCAGCUGUCUCAGGUGGUUGAUGGUGGAGGUAUUGGGAUUAUAGAAGAAAGCAAACACACAAAUUUUACUAAAGGCGAUUUUGUGACUUCUUUCUAUUGGCCCUGGCAAACCAAGGUUAUUCUAGAUGGAAAUAUCCUUGAAAAGGUAGACCCACAGCUUGUGGAUGGACACCUUUCAUACUUUCUUGGAGCUAUAGGGAUGCCUGGUUUGACUUCCUUGAUUGGGAUACAGGAAAAAGGUCAUAUAACUGCUGAAUCGAAUCAGACAAUGGUUGUUAGUGGAGCUGCUGGUGCUUGUGGAUCCUUAGCUGGGCAGAUUGGCCAUUUGAUGGGCUGUUCCAGAGUUGUGGGAAUUUGUGGAACACCUGAGAAGUGCCUCCUUUUGACCUCAGAACUGGGCUUUGAUGCUGCAAUUAAUUAUAAAGAGGGGAGUGUGGCAGAACAGCUCCGUGAAUUAUGCCCCUCUGGAGUGGAUGUUUACUUUGACAAUGUUGGAGGUGACAUCAGUGAUACAGUGAUAAGUCAGAUGAAUCAGAACAGCCACAUCAUCCUAUGUGGUCAAAUUUCUCAGUACAACAAAGAUGUGCCUUAUCCUCCUCCACUACCCUCUGCUGUAGAAGCAAUCCGGAAAGAAAGAAACAUCACAAGAGAAAGAUUUCUGGUGUUAAAUUUUAAGGACAAAUUUGAGCCUGGUAUUCUCCAGCUGAGUCAGUGGUUUAAAGAAGGAAAGCUAAAGAUCAAAGAGACUAUGAUAAAUGGAUUGGAAAACAUGGGAGCUGCAUUCCAGUCCAUGAUGACAGGAGGUAACAUCGGAAAGCAGAUAGUUUGCAUUUCAGAAGAAACCUCUUUGUUAUCUCUGUAAACAUCUUCAUUAAGGAAAUACACAGAUUGCUUUCCGUUUUGCACAAAGAUUUCAAGAUACAUUAAAAAAACCCUUAAGAGUACAGAUACCUUUUGAUUUAAAUGUGAUCAUAGGUGAUAUUUUCUUAGCUGCAUAACAUAAUUCUUUCCUGUGUCUUCAAUAUCAUAUAUGUAUUCUUCAUCCAAUAUGAUUAUUUACAAUAAUAGAUUGAAGUCAAUAUGA